CUUUAUUUUAAUAUAAUGAAUAGUUGCCCACGUUGCAAAGGUGAAACUACUGGGCAAAAUCGUCUGGUUACUGACAGCUGUGGUCAUAGUAAAUGCCGCAUUUGCUUAAUUCAAGACGUUACACAUUGUUUAGAGUGUAAGAAUGAAGCCAUUCCCCAUGCUCAAGUGGAAUAUCCACCCACACCCAUAACAGUGACAACGCUAAGCGAACACAUAACAACAAAUGAUGACGGAUACCAUUGUACCGUUUGCAACAAAUCCUUUCGAAGCCGCACUCAAAAAUAUUAUCAUCGUGGAUGUGGAAAUGAUCAGCUCAAGAAAUAUAAUUGCCCGCAGUGCAGCAGACGCUUUGCCACUCGCUCACAUCUCAACUACCAUCUGAACAAUCAUGGCUUACGUUCCAACUUCACCUGCAACGUGUGCGACAAAUCUUUUAAACAGAAAUCUAUCCUGCAACGUCACAUACGUGCACAUAAGAAUGAAAUACAGCGUUGUUCUCAAUGCCCACAGAUAUUUCGAACCCAAGCUGCGCUGGCGAGCCACCUUUUAUUCCAUAGUGGACGUGAGCUGCGCUAUAAAUGCGAGGUUUGCUCCAAACAUUACCUUACCAAAGCAAAUUUAAAGCAGCACCAGAUGAAGCAUGACCAGAAUACUCCUCGCUAUACCUGCCACAUUUGUAAAAAGUCUUUUCUGCGCCAGUCCACGCUCAGACUUCACCUUGAACGCCAUCAGAAGCGCCCAUGUUUCCGUUGUCCGCAUUGUCAUAAGAGCUACAUCCACAUGGACGCCUUGACGCGUCAUGUCAAACAGCACACAUCGAGCCACAGAUAUCGUUGCAUUGAGUGCGAUAUUACCGUUAAUAGGCGCGACAAUAUGUUGCGCCACAUACGCGCCAUGCAUCCGGAAAUGCAAUUCGAUUCUGGCGUUGAGAUCAUCAUUGCCACUUAUGAAGAGAGUAAGGAUAAGGAUUCCUUAUCAACUGAUCUGCCUGCACAAGGCGUGCGUUAUAGCAGCGUCAUUAAAAGUGUGGGUAAUGUUCAGCCUGUGAUGCUACCUCUACCCGAACCGGACACGGAGCUAGCUAUGCCUGCGCCACCUAUAGCUUUAGCUGUUACCGCACCCGUUGAAAUACCUAGAGAAAACGUAAAGCUAUAUCGCAAAAUCAUUUUAGAUUUAGACAACGAAGAAUAUUCAAAUGAACCAAUGCAAGAAGGGCAUCUUGAGGAUGAAGCAGCAGCCCCACCGUCUUUGAACACGCAGCAUAAAUCGCAGCAGCAGCGCAUUUCAGGUCAUGGCAGCUCCAAUUUCAGUGAAAUGCAUUGGCGGAAAAAUUUCAAAUUCUCAUACGAAAACGAGCACAUCAACUGAUCAGAAGCUUUUAAUGUUGCCGCC